AGGAUUAACACAGACAAAAUGGGGAAAGUGAACAUCUGGUUGAAAAGGAGUUUCAUCACUGUGGCAAGUCUGAUGACGAUCAUAGGCGCACUAAUGUUGGCUGGAACGCUCUUCAGCCAUGGGCACUACCACCGGGAUGAUGAGAUCGAGGACAUGAUCGUGGGUAUAAACGCAAUGUAUGCUUUGUCCAUCACCAUCCUGGUCCUACCCAUCAUCGGCUUGUUUGGCGCAUGCAAAGAGAAAAGAUGGGUGCUCAUUGUGUUCACAGUGGGAAUGAUCCUGUGCAGCCUGUUUGUGCUUUACAUGGCCAUCCAUAUGCUUAUCAUACGACCUAUGCUCAUUAAGAUACUGUCCAAAUUCUAUCUCAGCAUGCAACCCAUUAGCAACGCCAGUGAGGUCGAUCUGAAGGUCCUGCAGGAAACCCAAAUCGAAUUGGAGUGUUGCGGCGUGCAAGAGGGCUAUACGGAGUGGGGCUACAACAUCUCAGAGUCCUGCCUGUGCAAUAACUCCUUAGCCAACUGCAUUGCCGCCCCCAGGAACAGCAGCCUGUUCCAGCUCACAGACAACACGCCAGUCAUGAUUUUUAAAGAGCCAUGUUUUCCCAUCAUCCUCUCGCAUUUUAACCUUGGUGUCAACUUAUUGGUGGGAAUCUCAAUGGGCUUGACUUCAUUGUGGACAUUGUCCUGCGCGCUGAGCAUCGCCAUUCUUUGUCAGCUGAAAGAGAAAAAGGACACAGUGGUGGUGGCGUACAGUCGGGAAGCCAAAACGGGCAACUACGCCGUCCUCGCCGAGCCCGCCGAGCUCACCUGAUUGUUACUGCGACGGCAAGUGAAAUCACAACUUUAAAUCUUAACUUAACCAAAUAUGCAUUCCCUGAUUCGUGCAUAUUGUGUGCAAAUGAAUGCAAGUGUGGGACACAACAACUGACUUUUGCAUGCAAAAGUAUUCCAUUACGCUUUUACUGUGAUGUUUAUAUUGUUCAUGUUUGUUUGUAAAUUGAACGUUGAAUUGUGCAAUAAAAUAGUUGCAUUUUUGCUCUUGUUCUAGAGAUGUUGCUUCCUUUUUCAAAUCAGAUUAUGAAUAACAAAAACAACUAAAAGAAACAAUUAUCACAUUUUAUUCCUGCUAUUUACAAUCAAUUAUGUUACAUUGCUGAUUACAUUUUGUUCAUUUGACACACUUGUGGGGGAAACUCAAAAAAAUGCAUGAGGAAAAUACAUGAUAGGAGUCUAAAUGGACACAUUUUGCCAUUUUUAAUUGGAAAG